CUCAAAAUGAUGGUCGUGAAAGUGAAAGUACGCUAAAUGUGUUGUUUCCUCUGAAUUUCCGACUUUUUACCGUUCAACUGGGACUUAAGAACGCCGUAGUUCGAAGGCAAACUUAUUCAGAGAAGUGAAACAUGAUAAGCAUCGUAUUUGGUACAGCCUGGAUUAUCGAGCACGUGAUGGCAUUCUUUGGUAUCAGGCCAUUCAUCUAUAUCCCAGAUGAUGAUACAAAUGACAAGAAUGAUAAUGCAAGAAUUAUAUUGCUAGAUGAUGCAGGAAAAUCAGAAUAUAGGAAUCCUUACCAUGUGGCUUAUAAGCUGAACCCAGACCACGAUGUUUAUGAUGAUGAUGUAGUUAUCACUGAUAUUACAUUAGGUAGUAAUGAAAAUCUUAAAGACCUCGGCAUUAAAACUGAAGAAAAUCAGGACACUUUGGCCAAUAGUGAUGCAAUAAUUGGAAAUAAUGUUAGUGAACAUACUGGUGAAUCGAGAAUUGACAAUCUAAUUGUGAUUGAAGAUGAUAUUGAAGUGAAGAAGCUCGAAGUUGCUACAGCCACGAAACCUGUUGCUGCUCUUGAAACUGACUGUCCUAAUGUUUUUCCAAAACUUGAAAACUGUAGACCUUCUACAAACCCAAGUGUCAAAGACGGUAGAUCUCCGCCCAGCAUUAUCAUUGACGAUGGUCCGAAUAAUGGUGAUGACGAUGUUGAAAUUCUUGUCAUGUAUCCUGUUCCUGAACCUAAACCUGGGACCAGUCAUGAUGAAGAGUUUGAUCUCACAACAAUUCACGGCUACGAUUUCAUGCCAUUCCUCAGUGAUGCCAGCACUAUAGAGUACAUCAAGACUUCCCACAUCAUCUUCAUCAUGAGGGGUCUGCCAGGCAGCGGCAAGUCCACCCUGGUUCGGGGUCUUGAGCAGGUGUACCCGGGCGCUGUUGUGUGCUCAGUUGACCAGUAUUUCAUGGACAGUAGCAGAAAAUACUGCUAUGACCACAAGAAGAUUGAGGCAGCCCACAAUUACUGUCAGUCACGGGCAGAGUCCAGCUGUAGCAACAACAUGCCAGUCAUCAUCAUCGAUAACACCAACAUACAGAGGUGGAACAUGGCCUUCUACUUCAAACUGGCUCAGGCAAGCUACCACUAUCACACGGUGGUAGUCGAGGCUCAGACGCCAUGGCGAUACAACCCUCAGGAACUGGCAGCCCGGAACCACCACAAUGUGGAUAAUGUGGAUGUAGAGACGAAAACCCAGAAGCUACACCAGAAGCUACAGAGCCUGCAGAAAAACAAGCUGACGCCAUAUUACUAUGGCUGGUUCCUACGUCAAUGCGACUCUUCAAGGCUGGUUGCCAUGGCAACAGAAACACUGGCUAGUUGUGCUAAGGAGCUUCAAGACAAGGGACUGGCCCUUGAUAUGGCUGACUUCAUAACAAGAACUCACAAUUGUUUAAGUGAUUUGUACACGGCACCGAAGAAAAUGCUCCACUGUACGGCGGGGGUCAUGGGCAAUAAGGGCAGCAAAUCUUACCACGAGAAUAAAACUGUACUUUCCUCCCUUUGGAAAACUUUCAAGCUUGCUGUUACUGGCCUGGUAUUUACUGAAAAAACAGUUUGUGCUGUUGUGGACUUAUACCAUAACAAUACAGCUGUAGAGAAAAACGAAAUCUCAAAAGAACAGCAAGACGAUUUGCCUGGAAACACAAGUCAAAAUGAUGAAGAAGUUGAAGAAAGUCCGUCAGCAAACGACGCUUCAACUUUGCUGGAGACUCCAUUGAAGAAAAGGAGAUCUGAAUUGCUCAAAUUGUAUAUGAAAGAGGAGGAAGACAGUCUGAGAGAAAAAUACAAAGGGGUGAAGAAAGGUGUAGGUUACAGUUCCAGUCAGAGUGUUUUUCGUCGUGGCUGCAGCGCUCAUGUAAGAAUCUCGUAUGCCAAAAACGGGUUGGCAAAAUACAGCAGUGAUGAAAUACUGCGUAUAUGUGAGCUGGAAUUCCAUGGAAAGCGUUUGAGUGAAAUUGAAACGGAGGUUGGAAAAGUGAGAGCGUACGAAAGUAAUACUUACCAAGUGCUUUUUAAGGGGCCAGUGGUGUUUGACACGCUUUUUCAUGGAUUUUACACUGCACAAAAAUAAAGUUGUUUUCUUUUAUUUAUUUAAGUUAACUUUUACUUAUACAAAUCGUCUGUUAUAAAUUUGAAUGGUGUGUACAUGUAUAGAGUUAAUGUGCUUGAACCCAUACUCAGCUAUGAGAUUUAAAGUGUUGAAUAUUAACCAAUGGUAUCUAAUGCAGAAAAUAUAUUUUUAAAUUGACAAAACAGUUUCUUAAUCAGCCAUCAAUUUGUAACAUUUUAUCUUGACCAUUUUUUGAUGAAAAUGCAGAGUACAAAAUAUCUAUACAUGUUGUAACAGGUAAAGCAUGCUUUAUCUUAAUGUUAUAUCUACACUUUUGUUUUCCAUGUUUUUUUUACUUUUUUUGUCAACUUAUAAAUUUUCACUUUUAAGUGGCAACCUGUUUUACUUUAUAUGUCUGUCCUGCAAUAAUUCAAAAAGUACUCACUUUAACCCAUUUAAGCCUAGUGGACUCACCCAUCCUUCUAAAUUGGAUCAAUUUAUUUCCAAAACUAGGGAUGUCUAGUAUAUUUAUUUAUAUAUUUAGAAUAUUUCUAACAUAAAUUCCUUUAAGCAAACAGCGCAGACCCUGAUGAGACGCCGCAUCAUGCAGCGUCUCAUCAGGGUCUGCGCUGUUUGCCAAGGCCUUUUUUUCUAGACGCUAGGCAUAAAUGGGUUAAUAGCUUCUGCUUAACAUUAUAUAAAUGAUUAUUAUCCCAGAGUCAUGUAUGGCCAGGCAUAUAGGUUGGCACAUAUAUUAGGGGCAAACAGUCCUUUUAUUUUUUAUAUGCCUUCAUUCGUGCAAAGCUGCAUCUUCAUAAGAUUGUCAUAAAGUUAAAUGUGUUUUGAUAUAAAAAAUAGUUUUACAUUUAGCAGGAGCUUAUGCAAUCUCAUAUAACUCCUCAUCUUUUACUUUGUUUUGGGCUGUUUGGAAUUUCUUGCACACGUUUCUUUUCUAAAUGACUUGUGAUGUCUUGGUAUAAUCAUGUGAUACGUUCAGGUAUUGGUUUACUUGAAAUCUUUUAUCCUUAUAUUUUUUAUCUUUAUCAAUUUAAAAUUAAAAGACGAACUACCCUCGGUGAGUUUGCAUGUAUUUUAUAUAAUUCGUCAAAAAAACAAUGAUUAGUGGUUCUGAUGAAGAAUUAAAACCAUUAUCUUUAUUGUAGCAUUAUCAAAUUUGACUAUUAAAGAUUGGCAAAUGAAAAUGUAUA